AUGGAGCCAACCAUAUCUUACCACUACGAGGAGAUUAAAUGGAUAAAUGGGAGAAUCGGAUUUUGGGACAUGUCAGGGAACCCGGUGAUGAGGACCAUUUGGCAACUGAUUUACCGGAAUGUAAAAGUGAACGCAAUUUUGUACGUUAUUAACAUAAUGGACAUAUCGGAUGAAGUUUUAAGAGAAAACAACUCGCACAUAAGUCUUCUGCUGAACGACGAAUGCCUGCAAGCGUCCUGUGUCGUGCUAGUUUUUAACACCUUUAAUGACGUGGACAGUGUGGAUGAAGCCACAAAAAAUCAGCUGUUCGUUAAGUACAAAGUGAAAGAUUUGAUUAACCAUUAUGGGAAUAGAAUUCAUCACAUUUUUGUCGAUUGCAAAAAUUGCAAGUUGGAUAAAAACUGGAUAGGGUUGAUGCAGCAAAUUUCGUGCUACUUCUGAGGUGAAAAGAGAAAAGAAAAGAAAAGAAAAAAAGUGUCCACUGCAUUGCGCGUUAAUGGGGGGAAGAAAUGGCUCUUCUCACACGCCAGAAGGGAGUUGGCUAAGUGGGGCUCUCUCUAAAUGUAUACAUACAGUACAUACGUGUGUGUGCAUGCUGCAGAUUUGCACAUGCGUUUUCCACUAGUGUGCUUAGUUAACUCUCAGUUGGCUUCACCGACUUUGUUGGCGAAGCGCUCCUUUGCAAACCUGCACUAAGGCGACAACUUGAAAAAAAAAUGUGUCCC